AAACAGAAGAAUUAGAAAAAAGAAUAGAAAUACCUUAUUUCUGUAAACCCAUGGAAAGGAUUAUACUUGAAAAUAUUUUCGAAGAUCGAAUAGUGCGCAUUGUUGGCGGGAAGACCUCACCGCAUCCAAUAUUGGCUUUUUUAAACGAUAGGGGUCACGAAUGGCUACUGUCACGUCUAAAUUCAAUGUCAUCCGUUAUAUCGAUAGGACCUCAUCUUUACAAAGAACAACCCAUCAGGGAGCGAGUUGCUAGUUAUUUCCCUGUGCUGAAACUCGAUAAUUGUAGGGAUUACGAAAGAACAAAAAUACUUACCCUCAGAACCCCGGACUUGUCGAAUUUUGAGUUCUGGCAAGAAUAUGGUUUUGAUCGGGAAUCAUUCUCUGAGAAAGAGGAGGAGUUUGUGUACGACCCUGACAAAAUCUGGUUUAAUGGGAUAGAGACUUUAUCACAUACUGUACUAUAA